AUGGAAGUGUCAACGAAAGCAACUCAAUUCUUGAAGCAUGUUUCUCUUGGCUUCACUGAAGGCAUUAAAAUUCCUGAUUUGUUCUUAGAGUGCUUGGAGCUCAACAAUGCUGUGUUGAGAAAGGAUGGGAAGGAGUGGAUUGUGAAAAUCCAAGGCCAAUACUUUAGAGAUGGCUGGGAUGAAUUUGCAAGGGACAACCUUUUGGGUAUUGGAGAUUUCGUAGCUUUCAGGCAUCAUGGAAACAUGGUGUUUGACGUUGUGAUUUUCGAUUGCAAUGGAUCCGAAAAGGAAGAUAGGUCGAGCAUGGAAGCUAGGGCUACUAUUGCUGCGAAAAGGUCUUCAAAGAAGAUCAAUUAUCAAGGGAGAGAUGAAGAGGAAGAAAUAUCAAGUGCAAAAGGCAAGAAAAUGAGGCUAGAUGACGGCACAAAAGUUGAGCCUAAGCCUUAUACCAAUGGAAAAAAUGCAGUUUUGGCAUCAACUUCUAGGUUCACUGACGUCGAAGUUGAGGCCGGAACCUCUUCAGAAAUGCUCAUUACUCGCGAGGAUAUCAGAUUCAGCCUAAACAUGUUAAGGGAAAUGAGAUUAUUUUUAGAUGGUUCAGCAGUACCCAUGCGGGCCUGCAAUCAACAUCAUACAAUGAUGUCUUUCAGAAAGGCAAUGAAGUUGGCCCCUACUUGUAGAUUCAUUGGCGUGGAUGAGGUGUACGGCGCUCGAUCAGGUGAAAUAUCCAGAAUAAUUUCUGCUCUCCUUUUGGGUAAAAUCAGCAAUCAAUUAAGGGAUACUCUAAGGACUUUUCGUGAGCAACAUGCUCAAACUUGUGCACAUUAUUCGCGUUGUAAGGCUAAGGUGGCCGAAUAUGUUAAUCUUCAAAUGAGGGCCAAGUUUCUUUUAGGGAUGGCUACUGAUCUAGAGAAACAAUAUCAUGAUGCUCUAGCGGCGAACAAGAAAUGUUCAUUUUAUUCUGACGAUCAAAUUGACCAGCCUGAGGGUUUUUCUCAAUCUAAAAGUCUGAGAUUUCAGCAAAUCCUCCAAGAGCUCAAUAAUUUGCGUGAUACCCUUGUAUCUGAAAAAUCAUCCUUCAAGCAGUCAACUUUAGUGGUCAAAACAGCGGAGGCAGCUUGGGCUAAUGUUGUUAAGUCGCUGCCUAUGAUGGUGCUUGGAACCAGGCCGUACGGUUUUUAG